UCAGAGACCGGCGAGGCGCGUUGACCGGGGGGAUUACGUCUCGGCCAUAUCUGAGGAACAAAUACAAGAGGGAAGAUAUUAGCAGAGAGGAAGGAGCCGUUUGGGCGCGAUCCGAGGGAUCUUGGGGAUCUCUCUCCCUCUUCGCCCACCACAGUUGCUCGAUCACACACACACAAACCCCUCACCAUGUUUUCAUCAACGCUUCUCGCCGUCGCCAGUGCGGCGCUCGCGUCCGCCCACACAGUCAUCACAUACCCUGGGUGGAGGGGCGACAACCUGAUCACAAACGAGACGUUCCCCUACGGCAUGCAAUGGAUGUAUCCAUGCGGCGGCAUGCCCACGACCACAAACCGCACCUACUGGCCCACGACCGGCGGCGCCAUCGCCUUCCAGCCGGGCUGGUUCUCGGGCCACGCGACGGCUUUCAUCUACGUCAACUUGGGGCUCGGCAACAUGGGCCCCGAGUUGGCGCCCGAGCUCGCCGGUCCGCCCAACAUGAGCCACCCGAUGCUCCCACCCUUCCAGAUCCUCGGCCCCUCCAAGAACCCCUACCCGGGUACCGUCUGCCUCCCGCAAGUCCCCAUGCCCCAGAAUAUCACCGUCAAGCCCGGCGACAACGCCACCAUUCAGUUGAUCGAGACGGCGGUGCAUGGUGCCGCGCUGUAUUCCUGCGUCGACAUCACCUUCGCCGAGCCCGGGGACCCGCGCAUCCCCCUCGUCAACGAGACCAACUGCUUCAACAGCACCGACAUCGGCGUCGCCGACAUCUACACCCUGACGCUGCGCGAGUCCGGCCAGACGACCACCCUCGCGGCCGGUAACGCGGCGUCGCGCAGUCUCGGGAGCUUGGCGCGCUGGGCGUACGCGCCCGUCCUGCUCGGCGGGCUGCUGGCGCUGCUAUGAUCGACUGAUGCGAUGCGCGCGUGAGGAAGUCUCCGCAGCAGCCAGGGAUGGUGGAGAAUGGGAGGUUAGAACGGCGUAGUUUCGGUCCUUGGUCGGGCUGUUUUGUGGCUGGGCCAGGCCGGCGCACUGUAAUCCGGACAUGUUUUUCUUCUUCUAUCACUCUUGGGGGGAAACGGCGUUUGGAUGGGUGGGGUUUGUGUGGUUCCUUUGGGCAUAUAUCCGACCAGGAGGUCAAGUCUCAAUUCUUCCUCUUUUGGCCUCGGUUCAUGACAAUAUUUGCUUUGUUUUACAAGUUUUUGUCGCGAAAUACAAGGUUGCUGUUCGAAUGAGGCAACUCAGUUCCCAUGUCCUUGGCGUCCGCCUUACAUCUCUCAUGCUCACCUUAAGAUAUUAUUACUAAUUAUAAAAAAACGUCUAGGGAAAGAAUUAUGGCUGGCCGUCCGUGUUAGAGACUCAUCAGGAGAAAGCGGUUAAUGUGUCGACGCGGAGAUGGAGGUCAAUCACCGUUGCAAGCGGCAAAUGAAGCACUUAGGGGGCGCUGACAGAUCGAACGAUUUUUCCGGGCUAUCACCUUCCUUUCAAGCUC